CCAGUCCCUUGGCUGUGGAGUGGACUAUUGUCCUCCUUGGCCUCCUUCUCAAACCUGUCAUUCGGUCGGAUGAGGUGUUACAAGCUGCAGCCGUUAUGUCUCAACGCAUUGCUGAACUCAAACCCUCGGCCACUUUGAGAGAACAACUGAAAUCUCCUUUCAUCACUUUUCAUCGAUUCAAAAGCCUUAAGCACCUUCUGUGUCGAGGACUCGCCAAUGCCAAGGUGACGACUGCGACUUUGAAGUUGUUGGAUGACCCUCGAAUGAAGAGGCUCUUAGAUCGACCUGUAGAAGCCGCCACCUUUGCGCAGAUAUCAAAGUUGUAUCCCGAUUUUGACACUGCAAUUGUUAAACCCCUUCUCGAGGUGGCUAACCUAAGUGUUGCGUCUGUCGUUGAUCUGAUUCACUUUGCGCUGUCGGAGGAUGUGCAGAAUUUCUGUUUCGACUCGUGUCUACUGGAUACACGACUCAUGCUACUGCAACCGCAUUUUGUUCUCUCUCAAGUCAUCAAUCCACUGAUGAGAUUCGGUGUGAACAAUCCCUAUCGUGUGAUACGUCGAUGUCCCAGUGUAUUUACAGCAGCAAUUAUGAAAGUUGGUGAUCAAACCCAACUGUCAGCUGCUCUCUCCACCCUGAACAUGCUCCUCACUAGGAGAGAUCUUAAUUCAAUUGUAAAAAAUUAUCCCUCCGUUUUGACUCGCAGUCGAGAGGACUUACAAACAACACAUGACUACUUGACACGUGUCAUGGGUCUUGAAAGUUCAGGCGAGAUGGGAAGAUCGAGAGUAACUUCACGAAGUGCCCAUAGCACA